AUGGCCUCGGUCAGCAUAUCAUCGCCCUCGAAGCCGUCACCCACGCCCGAAGACGCCGCGGCGAAGAAGCACCACAAUAAGGAAGGCAAAGGCUUCAUCAAUCCGUGGGAGUCGUACCACGACAUCAAGCCAUGGCAGUUCAUGAGAUACGUCUUCCUCGGCAAGAUGUUGGGAGAGCGGAGAGAUCCAGAUAUCACACCUCCGACUGUGCCAGUCCACAAGCCGGACUUUCUGCCUUCGCGAGAAACGAAAACGCUGCGCGCAACUUGGCUAGGGCACGCGUGCUUCUAUGUUGAGUUUCCAGGAGGCUUGAGGGUCCUGUUUGAUCCGGUCUUCACCCAGAGAUGCUCGCCUAUCAGCUUCAUGGGUCCCAAGCGAUAUACAGACAUGCCAUGUCAGAUUGAGGAUAUCCCAUACAUCGAUGCAGUAGUGAUCUCGCACAAUCACUACGACCACCUGUCGCAUCCGACCUUGGUCAAGAUCUUGGAGAAACACAAGAAUGUUCAAUUCUUCGUGCCCUUGGGAAACAAGCCAUGGUUCGACAAGUUGGGAUUCAAGAACGCAACAGAACUGGACUGGUGGGAGGAGCGAGAGCUGCGGAUCUCAGCCGCAGAAGGAGCCGAGAAGGAACUCUCGGCGACCAUCUCUUGUCUUCCUUGUCAGCACACCUCAGCUCGCGGUGCGUUCGAUCGGGCACACACUCUUUGGGCGUCGUGGUCGAUUGCUUCUGGUGGAAAGAAGGUCUGGUUUGGCGGCGAUACCGGCUACCGCGCUGUCCCAAAGAUUGACAAUGGCGAGUUCGAUUAUGGAGGGCAGCAUGCUGAACUGCCUCAUUGUCCUGCGUUCAAACAAAUUGGCGAACUGAGAGGUCCAUUCGAUCUUGGCUUGAUUCCAAUUGGAGCGUAUGACCCACGAUACCUCAUGUCACCGAUGCACGCCAAUCCAUACGAUUCAGUCAACAUCUUCGUCGACACAAAAUGCAAGCGAGCGCUUGGUAUCCACUGGGGAACUUGGGUCCUGACGCAGGAAGACGUGCUGGAGCCUCCACAGAUGCUGAGGAAAGCUCUGAAGUGGAAGGGCCUGGACGAAGACGGUGUCUUUGAGGUCUGCGAUAUUGGAGAUUCUAGGGAGUACUGA